AUCGCCCAUCAUAAUCUCGUCUGGCCUUCCCUUUCAUGCCGGUGGGGUCCUGUGGUUGAGCAGCACAGUGACAAAAUUCUCCAGCGGCUUUACCUGUCUGAGCAGACAGAUCAAUCAGCACCAAACACAUUGAUUAUAGCUAACUGUGAGGUGGUUCGAGCAAGAAUUGCUAGAGGAAGCCACCUAAAGAAUUUCAAUGUGGAGCCACACUCGCCAUAUGUCAGAAAGUACAAAACCAUUUUCCAUCCAGGAGAGGUGAACAGGAUCAGAGAACUUCCUCAGAAUAAAAACAUAGUGGCUACCCAUACUGAUGGUCCUGAAGUUCUGAUAUGGGAUGUUGAAGCUCAACCUAAUCGGCAAGGCGCUCUUGGAGUUAAUGUGUCAGUUCCAGAUUUGUAAGUGGUCAUUUAUUGGCAGACAUUGACCGGACAUCAAGAUAAUGCUGAAUUUGCUCUGGGCAUGUGCCCUCUUGAGCCCCUUGUACUCUCUGGAGGAAGGGACAAAGCUGUUGUAUUGUGGAGUAUUCAGGACCACAUUUCAACAUUGGCCACUUACACACAGAAGGCUGCAGAAUCAACUGGUUCAUCUAUUAAAGCUGUUGGCAAUCCUUCUAUUGGAGCUCGUGGAAUCUUUAAAGGGCAUGAUGAUACUGUGGAAGAUGUUCAGUUCUGCCCUUCAAGUUCUCAGGAAUUUUGCAGUGUUGGGGAUGAUUCAUGCCUUAUACUAUGGGAUGCCCGAGUUGGUCCUACUCCAGUUUUGAAGGUUGAAAAGGCUAGUAAUGCAGAUCUUCACUGUGUUGACUGGAACCCUCAUGAUCACAAUCUUAUAAUAACGGGAUCUGCAGAUAGUUCUAUCUGCUUGUUUGAUAGGCGUAGUUUAUCUUCAAAUGGAGUGGGUUUGCCAAUUUAUAGAUUUGAAAAUCACAAAGCAGCAGUUCUUUGUGUGCAGUGGUCUCCAGACAAGUCAUCUGUUUUCGGGAGUUGUGCAGAGGAUGGUCGAGUUAAUGUCUGGGAUUGUGCAAAGGUUGGCGAGGAUACUCAGGCACCUGUCGGCUUAUUUUUCCAGCAUGCCGGGCACAGGGAUAAAGUUGUAGACUUUCAAUGGAAUGCAUCUGAUCCGUGGACGAUUGUUAGUGUGGCUCAGGAGUCCGAAUCCUCAGGUAGAGGAGGUGGCACACUUCAGAUAUGGCGGAUGCUUGAUUUGCUGUAUCGGCCCAAAGAGGAAGCUUUGGCCGAGCUUCAAAAGUUCAAAGACCAUAUUUCCCAGUGUACUUCCACCAACCCCCAGUAGUCCUGAAGAGACAGACACAUUGGUACGCGCAAUACCUUAGCUAGGGUAGCUGCCCUUCAGGUUUUAGUGUUCAACACUGAAAUUCUCUAUACAGGUUGUCAUACUACUCAUCUCAGUAAAGCUUUUACCUCCUUUAUUUCUUUAUUUUUUUUGCCAAGGGACCUCAGAAAUUAGAAAUGCCACAAAAAUGUUGAAUUUGGGUGUUUAACACAGGUAGCAUUUGGCACAUGGGAAAUGAUUUUAGGGACUCAUUUUUCAUGUUUCUCGUGUUUGGUAGGCAAAGGGAGAAGUUUUUUUUUUUUUUUGAAAAUUGUUUUAUUUCAUGUCGAGGAGAAGAGCAUCUUUUCUUGUACUUAGGCUAGAGAAAUCAAUUUCUCAUCUCCUU